AUCAUCAAUUGCUUUGAAAUCAAGUAAUGAACCUGAUUCUUUAAAUAAACUCUCAAAAAUGAUAUCAUCACCUUCAAGACUAACAAGAUCGACAUCUUUAAAAUCAAAAGAUAAUGCAUUGAAUUGA